CUCUUCAGAAGGGAUCUCCACACUAUAAGCUUCUUCAUUGGCAACAUGGUUUGUGAGGCCGUAAACAUGAUAUUCAAGUAUAUCAUCAAGGAACCCCGGCCAUUUGUUCGCCCAUUUCAGUACACAGAUUAUGGCAUGCCAUCCUCACACUCCCAGAUGGUGUGGUUCUUUGCUCUCUAUGCAACUUUUUUUGUACUUUUCAGGUUGCAUCAUAAUAGGGAGUCUAUUUUUGAAGCUAUUUGGAAGGCAUCCAUUAUUGCUGCUGUCUUCUGCAUUGCCAGUGUUGUUGUGUAUUCUAG